CUCGGCCGAACCGCUGGGCCCGCCGCGCCGUCUGCGCCCGCCCCCCCCCGCGAGAGGCCCUCCGCGCGAAGCUGCUCGUCAUCUCGCGUGGCCUCACCAGGCUCGCGGGCCCCGGCGGCUCGCUGGCCGGGACGGACGUGGGCCCGGACAUCGCGGAGUUCAACGCCCGCAUCGAGGCCGUCGUGCGGAGCACCGCGGGGCGGAGGGACGCCGGGGCGCUGAGCCAACUGGCGGAGGUGAUGGACAGCGUGGCCAGUCUGGCCAAGGACAUCAGCGGCCACCAGAUGCAGCUGAUGCAGGAGGGCGAGGGGCACCAGGACAGUCUGCUGCUGGGCGUCCUCAUGGCGAAGAAGGGCGAGCCCAUGGCCAGGCAGCUGGAGGUUCUCAGCGCCCCCGCCUUCGCGCGCCUCCGGGUGACCCAGGCGGUCCUCGCAAGGAAGGACACGACGACGCCGCUCUUCCAGCAGGUGGCGAGCCUCCUGGACGCCCACGGCGGCGGCGCGCAGGAGGCCGCGGCGUCGCGCGGCGCCGCCGUGGCGCGGGCCGUGGGGUCGCUGCGGGCCCGCCGCUCGCGCCUCGAGGCGAGCGCGCGCCACGCCGAGGCGGCGCACGCCAACGCCACGAUGUGGAUCGGGGCGCUGAAGAGGGAGUACGACCAGGAUGGCCAGUCCCUGAGGAUCCUGCGCUCCGCGCAGGAGAAGGAGGACCGCAGGUUCCAGCGGAGGAUGGACAUUCAGCGCCGAGACAUCGGCACCAUGACGGCGGCCAUAGACGCGAUGGAGCAUGGCGACGUGCAGGGCGUGGAGCGGGCCGAGGCGGCGCUGGAAAGCUCCGUGAGGAAGAUGCGGUCGCAGGGCAGCGGCUUCCUGGUGCUCAUCCAGGAGGGCCUCCGUGCCUCUGGCCUGGACUGCCCGUACUGCGCCGCGCAGUGCGUGGACGCGUGCCAUGCCGCGGGCAGCCCGUACGUCGCGUGCCUCGCGGAGUGCCAGGGCGUGGGCACGUAGAGCAUGCGCUUGCCACGGACAUCGCCCAGCCGCGGCGGCCCCGUCGUGCUGCGCGCCACUGCCUCGCGGCGCGCGCGGAGGAGGCCGCGGAGCGCCUGCUGGCCUCGCUCCACGGCGCCCGCGGGCGGUCAGCCGCGGCCCGCGGCCCCGCAGCCGCGAGGCGGCGGCGGCCUCCCGGAGCGGCAGUGGCGGCGCAGAAAAGGUGGCACGGUGUGGUGUGUCGUGGAGAA